AUGGCAGACAGCGACAUAUAUGUCCCUGAUGAGAUUCUCGACGACAUACUUGUUCGAGUGCCUACAAAAUCUUUGUCCUGGUUCAGAUGCGUAUCUAAGCAUUGGAACCGUCUGAUCUCAAAUCCUGAAUUCAUGAAGUCCUUAUCAAAUCGAAAAAUAUUUGUCCCGGCCAGCCAAUUUUGUCAGACGAUAGAAAAAGUUGCAAGCGGCGAAAACAUAAUAAUGGGGUAUCGUUUGGUGAGGGCUGAUUCUCCUUUUCAAGUUAAACAACGAUCAGUAACAGUGGCCGGAACAGCCAAUGGGUUAGUCCUAUUAGUCCUUAAUUUUUGUCCAUUCACUCCAGCAUCUGACGUAGUUAUGAACCUAUAUAAUCCAUUGACUAGAGUGCUAAAAAAGGUCCCCAACGCACCUUUUAUCAACAAGAACUUUGCGUUUGGAUUCGGUCAUGUGUUAAAAACCAAUCAUGGAGCACAACUAGGUCAAAAUCUUCCAGGUUCUGUUUUCUUUUUAAUCAUCUUGCUGGCAAACGGAUAUUUGUAUUGGAGUAUACGCAAAAAGGAUCACUUUAUGAUACUGGCUCUAGAUAUUAAGGAUAUGACGUUAUCCGAGAUAGAAGUUCCAUAUGGUAGAGAGCAAUUUCACCGUUUUACUUUGGGUACAAUAUAUAAAUGGAUGUCUUUGCUUGCAUUAUUUCCAUUACGGAUAUCAGUUAAUAGUUAUGAAGGACCAUGGUAUAUGGAAAUCACAUUUCAAAGAAUGCCCGACUGCGACACUACUUUCAAGGAUGCCUUCUGA